AUGGACCGGGAGCACGCCGGUGAGAUGACCUCUAGGGUCGACGCGAGCCACGAUGAGCCGAGUUCGAGCAAUGUGACAAGCAGUCGGGAAAGGAAGCUACUGAUGAAAGUCGACGCGUGCGUCCUGCCUACCGUCAUCAUACUGUAUCUCCUGUGUUUCAUCGAUCGAACGAACAUCGGCAACGCCCGUAUAGCUGGUCUAGAGGAGGAUCUCAAGCUCAAGGGAUAUGACUACAACGUCGUAUUAUCGGCGUUUUACGUGUCGUACAUAGUCUUCGAGAUACCAGCAACGCUGUGCUGCAAAUUGAUCGGCCCUGGGUGGUUUCUGCCGAUGACUUCGUUUGGCUUCGGUGCCAUGUCUAUCGCGACAGCCUUCGUACGAACCCGUGCUCAGGCGUGCGCUGUUCGAUUCCUGCUCGGUAUCUUCGAGGCCGGCGUAAUGCCUGGAUGCGUUUACUACCUGUCACGAUGGUACAAAAGGUCGGAAUUGACCUUUCGUCUUGGGCUGUGGUUAUCAAUGGCCCCUCUCGCCGGGGCUUUCGGCGGCAUGAUCGCUUCGGCUAUCUUGAACUUGAGCUCCGUCGGUUCUUUCCAUGGUUGGCAGAUGAUCUUUGCCAUUGAAGGCAUCGUCACCAUGUGCCUUGCUCUGGUGUCCUUUUUCACACUGACUGACCGCCCGGACACUGCACGGUGGAUGACCGAAGAUGAGAUACGCAUGAUAGUUGGCAGGAUAAAAUCCGAGCGUCUCAACCAAACCGAACUGCUCGACAAGAUUGAUACGUUGAAGCUUCGACGCGGCUUCUCCAACCCAAUCACGCUUGCGAUAUCGUUCAUCUUCCUGCUUGACAGUAUCACUGUCAUAGCCAUCUCGUUCUUCUUGCCGACCAUCGUUCGCACUAUUUACCCAGCGCGCUCUAUCGUCCAACAGCAGCUCUUGACAGUGCCGCCGUACAUCGUCGGUGUAGUUUGCACUAUUCUUAUCACGACCGUCAGCUGGCAAAUGAACUCUAGGCAGACGCUCAUUGCAUUCACGGGGCCGUUCGUGAUUGCUGGGUAUGCGAUGUUCCUCGCAACGAUGAACUCAAGUGUUCGAUACGCGGCAAUCUUCCUUUGCGCAUCAACGUGCUUCUCGUUGGCCGCAAUGACGAACGCACAAGUCAGCGCAAACGUGCUUUCCGACUCUGCACGCAGCAUCGCCAUUGGAACCAACGUCUUCUUUGGAUACGUUGGCGCCCUUAUCGCGAGUUGGACUUAUCUACCUGGCGACUCUCCCCGCUAUGCCGUCGGUAAUGGUAUCAACUUGGGUUGCGCAGUGACAUGGACCAUCGUGGCGAUUUUCACUAAGCUCUGGAUGACCCACGACAACAGGAAGAGGGACAGGAGGCAACUAGAAUCUCAUACAGAGCUUGCGUCAUUAUCAGAUGAUGAGAUCGCGAAUCUCGAAUGGAAGCAUCCUGCGUGGAGAUGGAAGCCGUGA